UUAUGUCUCUCUCUCAUCUGAGGGAGAGUGAGCUGGACCACUCCUCCCUCCUCCCUCCUCCCUCCUCCAUCCUCCAUCCUCCACGCCUGAGGAUGAGUAAUCCAACGAGGGAGGGCGAGAGAGGUGGGGGACUGAUGUGUGUGAGAGAGAGACAGGGGGAGGGAGGGAGGAUACCAGUGCAGCAUCAUCAUCAUCAUCAUCACCAUCAUCAUCAUCAGUGAACGUGCAGCUCACUGCUGAGCUCAGACUAAUUCCUGGGCGGUCACGAUCAGAGAGGAGGAACAGGCUGGAGACGCUCUGAGGUUGGAAUCACACACUCUGGAACGGGCUAAUCGCUGGAGUGAAGACAGCAACAGCAGAGGAAGAACAUUUACAUUUCAUGUGGAGUGUAACUGACUAAUCUCUGGAAGAGUUCGACAAGCGGGGGCAUCAUGCCUCAUUUCACUGGAAGAUACCUGACUAAUUAAUGGACAGGAGUUUAACUGCCUCAUCAUCUGGAGUGUGGGGGCAGACUACACCCUGAACAACAAGCCUCCUCUUUAAAUCCAUCCUGAUGAGGUAGCUCCUUACACACUCCUCCACACGUGGUGCUUCAGUUAUUGGGAUAUCUGGCUAAUAUCUGGAAUCCUUGAACCAUAACAGCACCUCAGUGUCCUACAGCAGGAACUGGACUAUCUUCUGUGUACCAAGUCUACAAGGCAGCCUCCUCCUGGGACCAGGUUAAUUUCUGGAUCAGUGUGUCUGGCAUGUUCUGCUUCUGCCUGCAGAGUUCCCUGCUGAAGCUCCAGGCGCUGGAUGUGGAGGGGGGCCCCUCGUUGGGUCCAUCCCCAGAGGAGAGCCCCCCUGCCCUGGGCAGCAAGGAGCAGAAGAGCCCCUGCAGUCCAGUGGAGCUCGGAGGGAAGGAGGGGAAGACGCUGGCGCUCUGCCACAGUGUCCCCACUGACGAAAACAGCCCACCAGAGCUGCUGACAGUCCUGAACAGACCUCCUCAGUCUCCUAGACAUCAGCCGUUAACCACCAUCCACCCCGGCCAGCAGCCCCUGACCCCUGACGGAACGCUGCCCCUCAGCCCUCACCACUCCUCCUACUCCCCUCAGAGGAGCAGCCCUGGAGGUGAGGGCGGAGGAGCUGGAGGAGAUGGAGGAGGUGGAGCUCUCCUCCAGUUGCUGGCAGGCGGACCCAGCCCUUUGCCUUCCCCUCGAUGUUCCAGCCUCACCCACAGCCUGAGGUUCAUCUCCGACCCCGACACUGCGCCGUCACCACCCUGCAGCCAGCAGUACAUACUGCGUCGGGGUCGAGACAGGCCAGAGUGUUCAGAGGACGAGUGUCCGUCCUCCAUCCCGUUCCUCAGCAGACAGAUUCAGACCCUGAAGAAGAAAGUCCGCAGGUUUGAGGAUCAGUUUGAGCAGGAGAUGAACUACAAGCCGUCUCACAACGAUAAAUACUCCAACGCAGAGAUGAUCCGAGUGAUGAGUGAACUAGCAAAGGCUCGCAAACAGCUCAAAGAGCUGAGACUUAGACAGUCUGUGUUUGAGUCGAAGGAGGACGACGGUACAGAAAACAUGUGCAGGUACGUGUCAGGCCAGCAGGGGGCGGCGGAGCACAAACCCACGCUGGAGGAAACAGUGGAGUCUCUGUUCAGACGACUGAGAGAGAAGAGGCAAGCUCUGGGCCUGCCAGACAACAUGAAGGACAUGACCCAGGCUCAGAUGGUGUUGGAGAAGAUCACUCUGCAGAAAUGUCUGCUGUACUUUGAAAGCGUGCACGGCCGACCGGGAACAAAGCAGGAGAAGAACCUGGUGAAGCCGCUGUACGACAGAUAUCAGAUGAUCAAACGUUUACUGUGUGUCAGCCCGACCAUCACCACCAUAGAGGAAGAGGACGGUUCUGAUGAAGACUCAUUGAGCUUCACGACAGUCGAUGAACUUCCUGUCCCGCCUCCUUGCCGGGCCGGUGAGGAGGACAGCGAUCGGGACAGUGACCCGGCCUUCGUGUCCCCGUUAGACGAGGUGAAAGCUGUCCAUCGCCAGCCGGCUCUCACCAUGGCCAACCUGCAUGAAGCGUCCAGGUCUCAGCUGCUGGAGUGUCUGCGGGAGACGAGGGCAGAGAAGAAGACGCGGCGUAAAGCUCUGAGAGAGUUUGAGGACGAGUUUCACCGUCAGACUGGAAGGAUCUGCCAAAAAGAGGACCGGACUCCGAUGAAGGACGAGUACCAGGAAUACAAACAGCUCAAGGCUAAGCUCCGCCUGCUGGAAGUCCUCCUCAGCAAACAGGAAGUCACCAAAACCAUGAGGCCCUGAAGGCAGCACGGUGCGCGGUGUGUUUACUGACCAAAGGGAUUUCAGCUGGUGGCCCGGUGCAGUCGGCCCG